AUGGUGCACCCUGAUAACAUCUCAAAAGAAUUAGUUCCUUCAAACAAUGUUUCUUUGAAUAUUCAAGGGGUUGUCGUAAAGUCGGUAGAUGUUGGUGUUGACUUUAAUAACAAGCAAGAGUUUGAUGAUUGUGAAAGCAUGCUCACAUGGAUUUGUAAGACUGCAACAAGACUUGGUUUUGGUGCGGUUAUAGGAAGAUCAAAUAAUGAUUUGAAAAGAAGAAACGCUUUUGUUACUUUGUUGUGUGAAAGAAGCGGUAAAUAUCAAAUUCCUCUCCAGAAAUUUAAGAGAGAGGACACAGAUAGUAGAAAAUGCGAGUGUCCGUUUAAGCUUCGCGGUUACAUGUUGACUAGAAAAAAAAAAUGGAAAUUUAGUGUUAUUUGUGGUUUGCAUAACCAUGAUUUAUGCUCAAAGUUACAAGGUCAUCCUAGUGUAUGUCUACUCAAGCCGGAAGAGAAGACAUGCAUUAGUGACAUGACCUUGAAUCUUGUCCAACCGAAAAAUAUAUUUGCCACAUUGAAACGAAAGGAACUCGAUAAUAUAUCAAAUAUAAGACAAGUGUAUAACAUUCGAUACCACACCAAUAAGGAGAUUAGGGGAGAUAGAAGUGAGAUGCAACAACUGUUAAAAUUGUUGGGUGAUAACAAUUACGUGUCCCGGUACAGAACUUGUGAUGAUGGAGUUACAAUCCAAGAUAUUUUUUGGACUCAUCCGGAUUCAAUAAAGUUGUUCAGCGCGUUUUUGAUAGUGCUCAUUCUUGAUUCUACCUACAAGACCAAUAAGUAUAUGCUUCAUUUAUUUAAGAUGGUUGGUGUUACGUCUACUGAGAAGACAUAUGUUGUUGGUUUUGCUUUUCUCGAUUGUGAAAAGAGGAUAAUUUACACGGGCAUUAGAGGCGUAUCAGUCACUUUUGAAGGACCAAGUUAA